AUGCACUUUGCACCUACAAAGUGUAAGGUCAUGCUCGUGGACGUGCAGUUACUGAACACGCCACUUACAGUCCAGGGAGAGGUACUGGAAGUUGUGGAGCGUUUUACGUAUCUUGGAAGUUGUAUUAAUUCUGAUUGUAGUGUGACAGAUGAGUUUCUUCUGUCUCGAAGAAGAGAAGAGGCGAUGAUUCACCUUCCUAUAGCCACGCCUCACAGUCGAAGCCAAGAGGCUACAUUCCAAUGUCCGAGCGGCAGCAGUUUGCUCUCUUACGUCAAAUGGAAACCAAAGACAGCCCUUCGGAUCGUGGCCAUAUUCUGGAGACGUUUUGCUGUCGACUGGCACUGGUUUACCGAAUUCUCUGUUUUUUCUACAGUAUAUACCAGCUUGGGGCGAGAUAGCCCAAGUGACCAAAUCCAUGGGCCUUCCUCUAUCAGUCCGGUAGCUUCUGGUCAUCCGAAAGAAUGGACAAUGAACACUGGAGUUUCGGAAGAGGAUGGCCCAACAAGAUCAGACUACACUCAGUCAUCAACUUCUUCACUAUGUGAGCAUCCUUCCGGACCAACUGAACAUGAUCCGCCGGUAUCAACCCCACAUCAUCAUCACCACCACUCGACUGGUCGGGAUCGAUCGAGUUUCUUCUCGAACACUUCGUCCUUACCAUCAUCGGAGAAACACGGCAGUAACCAGUCUUCGAUCAGUAUUCACUCAAAGCUGGCUCAAUUGACUAAGAGCGGCGAUCUCGAGGCCCUGAAACUGCUUGUGAGAGAAGGUGCUCGUAAUCUACCUCGCUUGGUGGCGUAUCUCCUCAAACAUGGAGCGCAUCCAGACUUAGCCGGACCGAACGGUGACACGGCUCUCCAUGAAGCAUCUAGAAUGGGUCACACCCGAGUGAUCCGUGCACUGUUACGUCAUAACGCAGACCCCUUCGUAGUGAACAGUCAUGGCUUACGUCCCGCUGAUCUUUGUCAAGAUCAUGAUAGUAUAGUUUUACUCAACCAGCACAUUGACAUGCAGAGGUCGUUACAUUCUUCGUCCACUGGGCAAACCAAAUCUCUUACCUCUACAUCGUCGCGCGUCAGUCGUCAUGGACAUCACAGCCAUAGCUCGACUGAUCGAGUUUCUUCCCACGGUUCUCGAUACUCCUCGUCCACCUUGGCAGCAGCUGACUUACAGGGCUUCAUUCGAAGCAGCAGUUCUACGACCACUCCGGAUGUCUGUUACUCUGAUUCUGAGGACAAUGCGUCCACUUCCGGUCUGACACAACACACAACCUCCACUGUUACUGGUAUAAAUGACUCAUCUCUAGUGCUGCCGAACACUGCUGUUACGCCAACGGUCAGUCCAUCGGUUCCUGUGUCAAAGAACCUGACGAGCGAUUCUCAUCUAUUGCCUCCAAAAACUCUGAACAAGGAUCCAUAUGCGUUUGAGGAUGAUGAGACUGAAGAGCCUCUCGAAGCCGGCGUGUCGCUCCAUCCACCGGCAUCAUCAGCCUGUGGACUGACCAACAAAGCAACUAGUCCAACAAAUCGUCCGCGACAACUGUCUUCGGUCACCAACCCUAGUUCUGUCAUCGCUAGUCCAUCGACUGUCAUUGCAGCGCUACCGGAGGUGACUACUCCAACUAGUAGCCUUUCGUUCCUUUCCAGUGAGACUACCACGUCACUUAGUACUGGAUCUCUCCGACUCCGGUUUGCCAAGGAAGCUGGUCAGUACACUUUGAUGGAACAGCAACAGCAACAACAGAGUAAUACCACGCACUUGACUGCCGAAGUUCACAAUGAACCCAGUGGCUCCGUUAUCGGUGAUACUGCAACUCAACAAGAACCACGACCAGAAUCGGUUCCGAAAGAAGAACUGAACAACGUUUCGUCGAAUUUAUUCCCCACCACCGGAGUUAUCCCAGUGGUGACCAUCCAAUCAGAUGCAGCAGCACAGCAUGGAGCCAUUUUGGUCCCUGAUUGUUUCACUGACAAGAGGUUUCCGAGGACCAGUCGAACGAAUCAAGUGGAACAAUUUGGGCACGUUUCCAGCAUUCUUUGCAUCUUCCAUUUCUUCGACCUUUCUGGUCCACCAAGCUUCUCGGUGCCUUCGUUUAUAGACUCCAAUCCGGAUGACGCCGCUUCGCUACAGAAAGUCCCUCCAUUGCGUAUUAAGUUUGCCUCAGGUGCCUCGACAGACUCCGACUCCCUCGGACCUCCAACAAGUACCUCAUUUGAGACUGACGCCAAGACGCACGGUUGUUUCUCUUCUGAGCCGAAUGUGGACAAACUAGAUAGCGGGACCGACGAAACUCCAGGCGAGCAGUCCGAUAGCACACUAAUUCCACGGUCAAUUGAUAUCACCGGUCAUUCCGUAGAACAGCCAAAGGCCGCAGCUCCAUCCCUCAGCCAACCUGAGAACGCGUCCAGAGAGCUCAAUGAGUCUCAGCAACACAUGGAUUCUGAAUCUAAUGUUGAUUUUCACGAAUCCACACAGCGACUGUCGAAUGAGCAGCCCAUUGAAGAAUCUCUAUCAGAUACCGCACGGUCUUCAAACGAAGCCUCCAGUGAAUUGACUAAGGAAUCAACCAAGGAGUCACACAGACAUCGCAGUGGUCGCACACUACGUUCGCACACGGCAGCCCAACGCGAACGUGAGGAACGAGAACGCCACACGGACACCACUCCCAUCAAGAAACGAAAGUUACGACAACGCAACGAAAAUAAUGGUGAGAAUGGAACACAACCGCAGGUAGCGGGUCGAAUUUUUUCUGUAUGCACGUCCAGCCAACCAGGUUCCUUACCAUCCGCUCCUAUUAUCACGGACACCACUCCCAUCAAGAAACGAAAGUUACGACAACGCAACGAAAAUAAUGGUGAGAAUGGAACACAACCGCAGGUAGCGGGUCGAAUUUUUUCUGUAUGCACGUCCAGCCAACCAGGUUCCUUACCAUCCGCUCCUAUUAUCAGUAGUUGCGUCACUGGUCAUCCGUCUACAGACUGCCCAAACGAACCAAUGGGUGGUGGGCCUGUUGAUUCUGACUCUUCGGUUGGCGUGGUUUGUAAGCUACAAUCAUCCAAUGAAGGCGGUGAAGCAGUACAGAAGGUUGAGAAACGAUCACCGAAACCUGAAAAUUUCUCAAACUCGGAUCCAUCAAACAUGGACACAGAUAUUCGGGAACGUAGGCCAUCUGAGGGUGAUUAUAAAGCUAAACCGACUGAUUCACCUCCUCAAUCCUUACCCGGCUGUUCAACCUCUCAGCCACCAAAAACCGAAUCGCCGACAGCGACCACUUCGAUGGAACUUGAUGGUGAUAUUAGCUAUCUGACUUGUCCUCUGGGACCUGACGACGACAAACGGGACAUGUCUUUGCACAACUUCGAGAAUCCAUUUGAGAAAGCUGCUGCAGUGCAGAAGAAGCUUCGCGAACUCAUAAACAAUUUGGUGGAGGUGCAUCCCAAAGCCCCUUGUGCUUAUCAACAAUACUUACUGGUUUCCAGGAACUAUCUACUGGCUUAUGAACCUCCUUCAUUGGUGAAAAAGACGCCUCCGUCAAAUUUGCCUCAAGUGUUUGUAGAGCUCUUCAAUCAGCAGGAGGAAGAACGCUAUGCACAAGCACUGAAGCAUCAAUCAGAACGGGAGCACCUCCGGCUAUGUGCAGAACAGGCUCGUCUGCGUGCACAAACUCGAGCUGCUCUGGCCAAUUUGUCUAAGCCACUCUCGUUUUGUUCAGCAAUGGCUUAUAAAGACUUAACCUAUGUACCACCUGUUUCGAAGACAGAGCAACGCGACGAGGAAAACGUGCGCGACCGUUUUACGCAACGAAUGUUUAUCGGUUGGCUGGAAAACAUUCGGGAUACGUUUCAGCAAGAAAAGAAGAAGCUACUCUGUCGUCAGUUGCACGAGGCUGAAUCACUAAUGAUGGUCCAGCGGCUGGAUUGGGAAAUCAAGCUGAAGGAAACGCACGUGCAUGACUACAGUGCUGAUAUAUUUCGGGACAUUCCUGCAAGUCAUGUGCCGCUUAUUCAUGUGCCAAACGAUUUUCCCCUCUUCCCCCACGAUCCCGUUCCUCCCGGCACGUCGGUCUAAGUGACACACGUGGACACAUCGAACCCUUGUGUAUAUACCCCAUCCAUGAAUUCUUGUGCUCAAAUACAUCAGUUGCUGUUUCGCACUUGGUAAUCUAAUCCCAGUGCUAAACCAGAACACCACAAACAUACAUUAACUUGAUAACUUUGGAAGCAAUGAGCUGCGGCUAAAUGACCGUGCAACGGUGGUGACUAUCCUCUGAAGGGACCACCUCUGGAUAACAUAAACUCCUUUCUGUUUAGUGGCGUUCUCCAUAACAGGCGCACAGAUUUCACUAUGAAGUGAAAGCUUUGUCUUUCGAUACGUGUACACGCAUGGUUAUUGAUAUGCUUUUCAACAAAUAUAUGAAGGGAUCG